GUCUCAACGUUUUAUUGUGUUGCUUAAUGAUUGCAUCAUUACUCAUCGAGAGGAAACAGCUACUUCAGCUCCGCAUCUCCUUAUUUGGGAUGUGCCUCGGCUGAACCAGGUGGCGUACGUGAGGACUGAGGCGUCUGUCUAGGGUCUCAUAACAACACCACUACCCGGAUUCACUUGCGACUCUGAGGACAACUUUGGCAUAUGGAGACCUUCAGUGGUGACCACAAGCACGAAAAAACAUCAGCGGAAAAGUAUCCUUUACGUUGUCGGCUGUGAUGGCGCGUUUACCUGUUGAUUAUCGGAUGAAUCAAAACGGUCGAAAUUACAAUGAUGGACACGAACAACACAAAAUCACAACGACUUCUAGCUAAAAGUCGGCCGUUAAGCGGUAGUUAAACGGAAAGAAAAGAGAAGUACACAGUACCUGGAAGAUGCUGGCGACGCAGUAGCACCUCUUCGUGAACCGCACGUGCGCGCCUCCGGCACAUUUAUAUACGGCGGCGCGUGCACAGGAAACCCGUGAGGCAUCUUUCGUAAACCUCAAAUCUGAAUUUACGUCAGCAUCUUUUUGUUUUGGUUUUAAACCCGUAAUCACCGUGACUGGCGUGAUUAUUUAAGAGAAAUACACCAGUAGUUAUGUAUUAAAUAUAUAUGUCAUCCAAUUCAGCGUUAUAACGACAUAGAAUACGACCUAGUUUAUUAGAAAUCAAGAUUUUUAAUGACGAACUAUUUAGAGUAAUUUAUUUUGUGAGUAGCGUCAGAUAAAACAAUGAAUAUUUAUCUUCAUCGUCAUAUUAGGAACUACCUUUCCAGGCGCUGCAUGCCGGGGACGGAUUUGGCAGACGUGCGGUUUCUAUGGUAACGAAUGAAGUCACUGCGGAACCAGUGUUGUGAGUGUGGCGUUUCACUCUGCACGUAUUGUCAUCUACUUUUAUACACCGGUUAUGAGUAGUUGCACUCAGCCCAUUAAUGCGACUCAAUCUUGUACGGUUGGCUCAAACGAUACACCAACCUUUUAAUGGUAAGCUUAGCAUGUCCUUUGUAUGUUUUCGGUGGGAAAUAAAGCGUCGAAGUGCGGAGCAAUCUCGCGAGAGUCCCGAAUGAGGCGAUUGAUUGACGUCUUGUUAUGUAAUUUUUAAAUUUAGACAUUCGAUAGGCUUUUUCCUGGCAUGUACGUCACUAUGUGCCCAACACAAAGAAAAGCCAUCCACAGUUUCAGGAGAGAAAGUUCUCAACUCAGCUUUGGAAGUCAGCACGGAUCGAGUUUAGAAUGUAAACAAACUGAAAAACAAAUAGAAACCAGUGUAAGAGUUGUGUUGGGGACGUUAAAGGUGCCCACUGAUCAUGGAAAAUGUCUCAAAUACAGUUUGGUCUUUGUCAGUAUUUGGCAGUGGUGUAUGAUUAUCAGCCAAAAAUGAUCAUUCAUUAUUUCAUUGUUAUUAUUUUCACAUGGAGCUUUGAACGACUCAAUAUCCUGGUGCGACCCUAUUCACUUGUUUGAUAUUGGAGUCAAAGGCCCAAUUGUGCCUCACUUGAGUCUUUGUUGUACUUGUUUCAUUAUUCUGUUUUUUUUUUUUUUUUUUUUUUGUGGACGGCGUCCACUGUCUGCAUUCUGUGAUGUUAUUAUAAUUACUUUUGUUUUUAAAACUGAGCAUAAAUACCAGUUAUCAAUGAAUAAAACAUUUUGGUUUUGCAUUAGCGGGAUGCUCAACGAGGAGGACAACAAAUUGGGGGAACUGGAGUUUCUGGUGGCCAGUAAAGAGCGAGAAUGGAAGGAGCUGCAGGCAGCCAGAGUUCACCAGUUAGAGGCUUCUCUGAAAAAGUCUAAGGAAGAGUGCUUCACCCUCAGGUACCAUCUUUUUAACUUCACUCUGUCUUUGUUUUCUCACUUAGUUUAGUGAGUUUCCACUUAGUUAAUAAAACAUCUUACAUAAAAUUUUACCACUAACAAUACAAGCACAUUUACUGGAGCUGUCAAUAACAAUAUAGCAUCAAUGAUCAUACCAUAAAUGUUAUUAACUAUAUUAUGCUUGUACGUUGUAUAAUCUGUAUUAUUUCCUGUCUAUCCCGUAUGAAUCAGGAGCUGAUUUUUUUUCUGGUAAACAUGAUAUAUAGACAUUCAUAGUCAAUUUUUCAACUUUCUAUUGCCUUUACAUCUCUUCAAGCAAAUUGUGUCACAUGUAUAGACCAAUGCUGUUUUCCAUAGCUGCUUGACCCAAAUAAUGUCAGUAUAUCUUGUUCGUUUUUGGGAGUAAUCACCCGUGCCUUUUUGAAAGGAACAUAUAAAUACUUGGAUAAACAAAUAAGUCCCGGGAUCCAUGUUUUUAAGUCACUGUGUCUCAUUUGUGCCUCUUUCAAGGAUCAUUGCUCAUGGGGUUCUUAUCAAAGAAUCUCUUCCUCGAGUACAAACCCCUCCAGGUGAUCAAAACCACUCAGUACAAUGAAUAAAGCUUUUUUCAUGCUAAAAUCAGUGUUUCUUUGGCACGGUGCAGUGAAUUUGUGGUUCCAGACAGGCCGCUGCACUUCCUCUGUUUUCUCAGCUUGUUCCGCUCAUAAGCAUGCGGUGACUCAGAUACUUUUUAUUGAAUGAAUUGUUGCGGAUAAUAAGACAUUUUAAUCGAUCCCUGAAGUGCUGAUUGAAAAGCAAUAAAAAAUAUUGUGUUGAUUGUUAAAUCGAGCCCGUGCAGAAAGGUUUUGGGACAUUCAUGUAUCUGGAUGUAUAUAUCAAAUGCAGCCAUUAUACAGUUAUUUACAAUACAAGAAGUUCAAUACAUUCCAAAGGGUCCACUAUGCUCUGUUCAGCUCUGCUGCAAAUAACUGACUAAAAUUGAUACUUGUUUGUGUUUGUGUUGGCUACUGGAAAACUGUCUUACUUGAGUAUAUCUGGUUGUGGGUUGUUCUGAUGAGGGAAUUGCGUUAAAUUUUAUUUGAAUUGGCCUUUGUUGUCUAUGCUGCGUGAUGAAAACUGUUUAGCUGCAUUUUAGGGUUUUUUUUUUUAUUUGACUCUCUUAUGGCGCUGCAGCAUUUUCUCAAUCUUUUGUUGAAUUAAUCUGUAAAAAUGUUCAAUUAAAAAAGAACUUCCAAAAGUUCCAUCUAUGAGACGUUAAUAUGAAUUUAGUUAUCUAUAUAUCUAUAGGUUUUACUUAUCCAAGUGUCCUUGUUUAUUGCCAGUCAUAGACUAUUUGUGAUUCUAACACACAUUGUGCAGAAAAUGUGUAAUAUGUCAUGGACUGAAAAUACUACUACUCUCGAAUCAGUCAUAAAAAAUUGAAUGAAACAUUAUUAUAUUUACCCCGCUGUGACCCUGCAUCCUCAUACGCAAACAUUACACUUUUAUCUUUUGUCACCAUAAUACUUCUUUAUUCUUAACCUUUGGCCUGACACGGCCUGAACAGUGGCACUGCUUGAAUGACUACCAAGUAGCUCUGCACUGACUGCUUUAUUCUUAAAUGAUUUAAAGCUACUGUAUUAAAAUAGAUUGUUCCAGUUGAAUAAGGCUGAGUCAUGGUUCAAAGCAACUGGAUAAAACUGCAUUUGACAUGGCUCAUGUAGAUUGGGUUCAAAUAUUGUGCCGUGUGCCGUCUUCUUCAACUCACUUGACUUUAUUACGCUGUAAUUUGCAAAGUGGCUCGCCAGCAUGUCCCCAGGUGUACUCUGGGUAUCCAAGGCCAGGUCAAUGUUUUAUAGUGAUACAACAGCCGUUUCUGCGAAAACAAGACACCUGUGUCCUGAUGCCCGUGAAGGGGUUCUCAGAAAUGUCCAUUUUUUUCCAACUUCAAAGGUAGGAGAGUCUGUAUCUGUACAAUCUCCAGUUACAUAAAAGUUGAUCUCCAUUAUUUUUUUAAUGUGUUUAAAAAUGUUAUUUUCCUCAUUUUAUCCUUGUUAUUAAGGGUGGGAUUUUAUUUGAAAUAAUCAUUAGAGGAUCAGUGACAUUUUAAUAUUUGACACCAGAAUCAAAUUUUAGUUGAAUCUAUAAGCAUAAGCUUAAACAUCAGGGUGGAAGUGCUCUAGUGAUGAUAUCUUAUUUAACAACAAUGCUGUUAUGUUUUUGGUUUUUUUUGGGUUUUUUUCCAGUCUUUAAUUUUCUGUCCGUCAGUGCAAUCUCAAUUUAGUCUUCUCUAUCAUCAAAGUUUUGGUUUUGACAUCACAUGUGGUGCACCUGGUGCUGGUGAUCUGGAAAAUGCCCCUUGAGAAAGAAUGUUUAUAGACGAUUCAUCUGUGGUAUUUCUGCUUUUGCAAAAUCAAUGCUUAUUUUCAAUUUAAUCAAUCACAUAACUAGCCUGAACAUUUGACCUCCACUCAGUAAAAGUUGCUGAAAUAUAAUUUUACUGUGUGUUGCCAUGUUUUCAUUGUUAGGUUUUUAUUUGCUCACGUUUAGAAAUAUGUGUUGAGAAUACCUAACUUUCAGCGCCUACAAAGAAAGUGUGUGUUUUAUCAGGUGGCGUUGUGAAAGACAGAUUGCUGUUGAAACGUUAAAUUCUCCCUUUGAGGAAAGCCACAAACUGGAUUCGACAUUGCAGUGUCAAGAUUCUGAUUUACACAAUUUCCCACGUAUGAUGAUGGGCUUCACUGCCUGCUGUUGAAUACAAAACCCACUAUUCUUGAAAACAAAAUGAGCAGCUGAAGGAAGAUUUCCAGUUCAACUUGUCCGUCCUGGAUGAACGAGACAGAGAGUUGGAGAAAUAUGAUGUCAUGACUACCAAGGCUUUGAAAUUGGAACACAGCAGACAGGCCGAGCUGAGCCGGCUCCAUCAGCAGCUCGUGGUGCUGGAGAAAGAGAAGGCCAGAGAGGCUGAGGAGAAACAGGAAUUACUGCGGCUCCAUCAUCACAAUGCUUCUCAACACCAGCUGCAACUGGACCAGCUGAAGGGUGAAAUGGACGCUGAGCUUCAAAAGCAGAAUGAGGAAUUUGAAUUGAUAAAAACUGAACUAGAGCAGAGGAUACAAGAAGCAGAGAGACUUGCAUGCGUACAAAAACAGGAGAUGAUGUCAGCUUUUGAAAGUGAACUCAGAAUCAAACAGCACGAGUUCAAUCAGAAACUGGAUGAGAUGCGCGCUGUGGUGUUGUCUCACGAUGCAAAGGUGAAGUUGCUUUCUAAAGAGAAUGAUGUCCACACCCAGGCAAGGCUCCAAGUCACAGAGUCUUUAGAAGCAUCUCUGGAGCGCUGCAAGGAGUUACAAAGUCAGCUGCAUCACAAAGACGAGGCGAUCAAAGGGCUUACUGCUGCCAAGGACAAAAGAAUAAAGGAAGUGGAAGACGCGAAGGAACAGUUAGAGAUCAAACUGAAGCUGCAGGAAGAUGAGCAUGUUAAGAAAUAUGGGGAUGUGGCCCGUGCUCUGAAGAAGUGUGAGGAGCAGCUGGAAGCUCAGCGUUGUGCCCACAAGCAGCAGCUGCAACGGGCUGAAAAACACAUUGGCAAACUGCAGAAUGAAAUCAAGCUCCUCUCUACAAAAGCACACUCUCAGCACAAGGAGCAUCAGGAGUCCAUUGAGCAAAAGGAAGAGACAAUACAGAGGCUUUACAAAGAUGUGGAAACAACACGGACUGGCUGGGACCAGUACAUCACACAGGUCUCCCAUGAGAUGGUUUCCAAGGAUACAGAGAUGAUCACCUUGCAGGAGAGAGAGGACAAACUGAGGACUGAACUGAAGAAAAGCAGGGAGGAAAUAGAGAGGUACAAAGAAGAGCUGAGUACCAGUUUGCACCGAGAGCAAUGUCACGAGCAGAAGCGGGUGCAGUUGGACCUGGAGUGGCAGAGACGCUGUGAAGACCUGAAGGCUGAGCACUACCUGGCCAAUGAGACGCUGAUCCGAGACUUGGCUCAGGCUAGGGACCAGGCUAAUGCAGAGCUCACUGAGAAAGAACACCAACUGGAGGAUUUACACGUCUUACUACGGUCUAUGAAAAAUGAGCGAGACAAAGCAGUUCAGGGUGCAGCGACAGCUCCAGAUCACUUUGCAUCAGAGGAGAUCAGUUCCUUGCAAGAGCAGAACAGCAUCUUGCGAGCGGUGGUGUCCCAGAUGAGGAAAGACAUGGACGGUCUUGGUCAUCAGUCUUCUGACCACAGGCCCAGAGCACAAGCCAUCUCACCUCUUCAGCCUUUUGUGAAUCCAGAAAGCCUCAGAGCACCAACCAUCAUGCCAGCAGCUGACAGAUACGCUUUAGCUCUGGAGGAGGAGGUGCGGAAGCUAAAAGGGCGAUGCCGGAAUCUGGAAGAGCAACUAGAUGGCGCUACGGGAUCAGUCACUGACAAUCAGAGCGCACGUCAGGCCAACACAAAUUCAGAUCAAACAUAUCUGUGUAAACAAGGACCGAAGAAAGGCCCACUUGGUAAAAGACAGGAAGCCAGAGUGGAAAAUAUGGAGUCUGCGGUAGCUGGCAUCAUUGAACAGAUUCUCUCAGCACGUCAGCUCCAAGGAGUCCACCCAGACCUCCAGCGACCGCCACACUGUCCAAUACCUGACAAAGCUUCCACGAACUUCCCGGGUGAAAAAAAACACCGUUGUUUGCUGGAGGCCCGGCUGAAGCAGGCGGCGUCCCACAUUGCCCGGCUGAGCAAGGAGAAACAGGAGCUGAUUGAAAUGGGCAACAGCCUCCGAGCUCAGGUCAUUUCCACGGUACACGCAUCAAAGGAACCUGAGGUGAAUGCUGGUGGACAUGAAGAGCAGAACAACCGACUGUCUGCUCUGGAGCAGCUUCAGUAUCAACUCACCACACAGGAGCUGCAGUUUGCGCUGAAGCAGAUGUUUUGUGGUGAGGAGAAACCCCCUGAAGGUCCAUCCAGUCAUGACGCUAAAUCCCAGGGCGACCAGAAGUCAGAAAGACUUCCUGAGGCUGCAGUAUCAGCCAACCAGUCAGACAGGGAGGUGGAAGUGAAGCUGCAGGGAGAUCCAGUCCUGCUUCGGUCUCACUCUGAAGACUCUCUACAGCCUUUAAAAGAGAUCUGGGAGAUGCUGGACCACCGACUCAGUGUGUCCCUUCCUUCUGAAGGUGAAAGUGAUCAGGGCAGGAAGGACAUGUCUAACUUGGAUGGAACAGCAUCACUCUGUAACCAUAAACCAACUACAGUCCAGCCAUUGAGUCGAACCACCACCACAACAAAGACCAGAGGGCCUGGACCUGCUGGAAAAAAGAAUCGGAUCAGAAACUACAAUGUCAAAGACUGACACAUCACCAGAGAUAAUCGUUCACCAGAUUAAUGCCAUCACUAAUCAAUCAUAGAUAUUGUGAUAUAUCAUAACACCUUCUUUAAAAUACAGCAUUUUUAAUUCUAUUUUAAGCAUGUGAUGUUAUUAUUUUUACACUUAAAUAAACUUUUUUACCAUUUG